AGCAGAUGUCGCCUCAUGCUUAUGGCCUGUUCUUCAAUCCUCUGCUUCCCGGUCGAUGCCAUGAUUCCUUAGUCUGGGCAUUUCUCUGCUUUGUUUUUAGCCGAUCCGGAUCUCUUCGGAUAGGCUCCCGCUCCAAGUCAACAUGGGCGUCAAAGAGUUGUCCACAUGGGUGCUCGGCAACAAGACUCUGAGGGAGAAGGCUCUCAAGAGGGUCACCGAUGCCCUCGAGACAGCCAUGCCGCUUGUCAAGACCAUCCAAGCCGGUUAUCACCUCCUCGAAGCCGGAGAUGCAGUCCACAACGUGAACUCGGCUGCUGAGACCUUGAACCACUUCAUCCCCGCCAUGCAAGUCAUGGGCCAAUCUAUCUGCGACAGCGCAAAGAUAUUUACAUAUUUCAAUAUGGCCGCCAUCACUGUUGGAAUCGGCGCCAAUAUAGUCCCGACCUACCAGGGAGUCCAAGUCCUCCAAAUUAUAGCCGCCAGGCUCAAAGACAUCUCAACAAGUCUUGCCGCUCAAACCGCUCUCAUCGCACAAAAAGAAUUUCCCCAGUAUGUGUACGAAAUGAUCCGAGAGCGACUCGGACAAACUUCCGACGACACGACCUGCGAACAUUUGUUUUUCCUGUAUCAUCCGGAUGACGACUGGUAUCCCAAGUUUUACCACCUUCUCGAAAAGAAUCCACCAGGCCCCCGAUUUUGUGGGUAUACCAACCAGAUCGACACCGUCUUCCUUUUUAUGCUGGCAACAAGAAGACGCAUUCAAGAAAAAGGGCGUCGGGCAGAAGAAAAAGGCAGACAAAAAAAGCCGGUAAAGCUGCAUCUUAUCAUCCCGGCAUACCAACCGAUCCUCAUCCUCGAAGCGCUCAAGAUCCCGGAGGAAAUUGGCGACUUUAUCAUGGAGGGGCGAGUCAACAGUAACACAGAGUUCGUCUGGCUGAACUUGCCCGAGGAGCAGAGACACUAUGUCGUGGGCAUCGGGCAGUGGGUUCCUCCCACUCUUGGGUGGUGGGACUGGAGCAUGACCAAGGUUGGCAUGGCUGAGAAGCCGCCUGUAUUAAGUGCACCGAGAGUCUUGGGGACUAGCCAGAAACGUGACGAAGAUGAAGAACGAGUCGAUUUGAACAGCGAAGACAGUGAUGGUGGUAUUGCUGACGAUGCCACCUUGGUUAGCGAAGGUGGUUUUGCUGGUGCUCUGGGACCAGAUGCGGAAACAGCUCGACACGAUGCCACGCCAGUUCACCACCGUCGCCGACGGAAGAUCAAAAAGCGUCCACGUAAGGAUGAGGCUGAAAAUAAAUCAAGAAUUCGUCGUGGGAGUGAUUCGGCUUCGGUCAAUCCCUGGGCGGGAUCAUAGGCCGGUUGAAGUUGAUCCAGAUCCGCUCCGACAUUAUGAACUCCGGAGUUGCUGAUCAUGAUAUUAUGCAUGGGUUUAGGGGUAAAUAAGAAUGAAAUGACUGCCAAAGGCAACACUGGGCGUUAGGCGUGGAUCCGUACAAAGAUUGUUAUAGAAGUGCGGUAAAGACAU